AAAGAUGGCCGGUGGCAUGCUGCAGUACUGUGGUACCAAAGAUAGCUAUGCAAGUAUAUGUAGAUGUAGGCUGCUGAGUCAUAAAGCUGAAGAGCACAUGCUCCGUCCUUGCAAGGUUGGGGCUUACUCGGAACAAAAAGGUUUCUUGCAAGCAACUUUUUGAUACAUAUAACCAUGAGUUCAUAACAAGAAGGCAUUCUCUACCACUCCAUUCCAUUCCCCACAAGCAGAGGGAGAGAGAGUGAGAGGGGGAAGGGAAAGGGGGAGCUGAAGGCAUGGAGGGCAAGCACACCGAUCAGGCAAACGUGAAGGCAAAGCACUCCAAGGUGAUCUGCUGCAAGCUUUACAUCUCUGAAAGCCGGAAUGCGGCGAUUGUGGAUGCCAUCAGCCGCAUAGGCCAGAAAAACCCUGAGGUGGUUCUGCUCAGCAAGUUUGAUGACAAGUACUACAACCGUGUCCGCUACACGCUCGUCUCCUACAUCACCAGCGAAAGCUCAGCCGGUGAAGCUGUGUUCGGCCCAAUCAGGAAGGUACUGCUGGAGAUGAUCGAGGCUGCAUUUUCAGCCAUAAAUCUCCAAGCGCACAGCGGGACUCAUCCACGCAUUGGUGUCGUGGAUGACAUCUCAUUCCACCCCUUGAGCCCCGCGGCCACAAUGGAGGAUGCCGCUCAGCUGGCUAAGCUGGUGGCCUCUGACAUUGGAAAUGGCUUGCAAGUUCCAGUGUUCCUCUACGCGGCAGCACACCCCACCAGCAAGAGCGUCAGUGCAGCACGGCGUGAGCUCGGCUACUACCGGCCAAACCACAAGGGCGUCCAGUGGGCAGGCCAGGUGCUCCCCCAUACUCUACCGGUAAAGCCGGAUGUUGGGCCAGCUCAUGUCUCUCGCGAAAGAGGCGCCACCAUGGUUGGAGCUACACCUUUCGUGGACAAUUACAAUGUGCCGAUAUUCUGCAAGGAUGUCCCGACCGUGAGAAGAAUCACCCGGAGGGUGACUGGACGGAGCGGAGGGCUCCCAACGGUACAGGCGCUUGCUCUCUUCCAUGGCGACAAUUGCACGGAGAUUGCGUGCUUGCUGGAUCCAGAUCAUGUCGGUGCCGAUCAGGUUCAGUGGCUGGUUGAGCAGAUUGCAGAAGAGCAAGGGCUUGAGGUUGACAAGGGCUAUUUCACCGACCUGUCCAAGGAUAUGAUGCUGGAACGGUACUUCGAGAUGAUUUCUGCAGCUGAUUGACAUGACCACAAUUUUCUUAUUGUAAUCAUGCAUGUCUGCACUUCCAUGUAUGCUGCUGUUUAAACUGUGGCACCAACUUGGACCCCGGACCGACCAAUUCCAACAUUUUGUAUAUACUUAGUUAUAUCUGCACUGAAGAUGGUCUCUAGAAA